AUGAUCACUAAUCUAUGCAAGAGUCUGCAGGUGCCCACCCUGGGCCUGUGUGCUAUAAAAAAGGUAAUUAUCACACUGGGUCCAGAGUCUGCAGGUGCCCACCCUGGGCCUGUGUGCUAUAAAAAAGGUGGACCCCUGACAAUCACUGAUGCCAACCUUUGUCUGGGAAGACUUCUGCCUGAUUUCUUCCCUAAAAUAUUUGGUGACUCAGAAAACGACCCCUUGGACACAAAGGCCUCAGUUAAAGCAUUCACAAAGCUGACCAAAGAGGUAAAUAAAUACUUACUCAGCAAUCCAGAUAACGCACACAACAAAGCCAUGAGCAUCGAGGAGGUUGCCAUGGGAUUUCUCCGAGUUGCCAACGAAGCCAUGUGUCGGCCAAUCAGGGCUUUGACUGAGGCCAGAGGUUACGACACAUCUCGUCACGUCCUGGCAUGUUUUGGUGGUGCGGGCGGCCAGCAUGCAUGUUCCAUAGCACGGUCACUGGGGAUGAAGACUGUAUUUGUACAUAGAUAUGCCGGUAUAUUGUCAGCCUAUGGCAUGGCUCUGGCAGAUGUGGUACAUGAAGCACAAGAGCCUUGCGCUGCCACCUAUGGUAAAGAUUCUUUCUCAAGGAUUGAUGAGCGCAUUGAUGAGUUGAAGAAGGACUGCUUUCAACAGUUGCAUGAACAGGGAUUUAAGAAGGACCAGAUUCACCUGGAGCCCUAUCUCCAUCUGCGCUACAAAGGUACAGACUGUGCCCUCAUGUGCCCUGGGAGAGGCAACCCAGCUACAGGAGACUCCUCCAAACAUGGGGACUUCAGGGCCUCCUUCCUGGACAGAUACCAGAGGGAGUUUGGAUUUACCAUCCCAGAGAGAGAUAUUAUAGUAGAUGACAUCAGAGUGAGAGGGGUAGGGUCUACUGGAGUCUUAGAUCAGCCAGACAUCCCACAUGCUACUGGGGAACCAGUCAGUAAAACUAAAACCAAAUGCUACUUUGAAGAUGGCUACCUGGAAACAAGUGUCUAUCUACUGGAAGAAUUACAGGCAGGGCACAAGAUUCAUGGGCCUGCUAUCAUUAUGAAUGGGAACAGCACUAUUCUCAUUGAGCCAGCCUGUGAAGCUGUCAUAACUAGACAUGGGGAUGUGAAGAUACAUUACCAUGAAGUAAGAUGCCUGGAAAUUGGAUUUGUGAAAUGUUCUGAUGCUCAGGGUACCAUCAGCUAUACAUAUGCCUUUAAAUUUUUACCUGCUGCUUUGCUUAAUUCCAACUACUGUUUACAGUUUGACCAGACAGAGUAUCUUUCUAGACUGGUGGUGUUGAUCAAGAAACACUCAAAAUCACUUUUCAAGCCAGACUCUUGGGGGACUCUAUAA